AUGGGCGGGAGCAAAUGCAAAGCGCCCCAGCGCCGAGCACGACCUGGGAGGCCGACCUCAGCGGAGCCGGAGUCUGGGUCUGGCAGUGCUGACGGCGCAGCGGGCCGGGACUGUCGGCCCGGCCGCAGCAAAGCGCGGAAGGCGAGACCUGCCAGGGAGUCGGACGCCACUGGGACGAAGGGAACCUCCGCAGGCCACAGGAAGCCCGCAGGAGAGGACAGCGGCCGCACGAGGGCAGGGACUGGGACGCCACCGGGGGCCAGGGAGAGGCGAGGCAGCACGCGGCGUCGGGGACGCGGGGACAGCCGCGGGGAGCGCACGGAGGAGGAGCGCGUCCCCGGGGAAGAAGAAGGGAAGGAGAAGCGCAGUGGGCGCAGGAGGGGGAAAGAGCGGGGACCUCCGGCUGCGCGGGGCGGUGGGGAGGCUGCGAGCACGGACGGGGACACGUCGGGCCGGGACGGAGGCAGCUCUUGCGUGGACAGCGAGGCCCGCGGGAGCAGCGGCCAGGGCGGCGGGGUCCUGGGGCUGCGGCCCACGACGGAGCGUACAGACACCGGCCCCGAAGGCGCCAAACCCGGGCUCGAGUCAACUCCGGUGCCAGGCGAGUGUCUGAGCAGCGACGCCCGGGGCAGCGACGGGCAAGCCACCGAGCUCCCGGGAGAAGGGUCGUCGGAGACGGGGCCCCGGGGGGCGAGUGAGGAUUCCGGGCCAGACACGGACUGGAGCCCAGGAACUGCAACCCAGGUCCCCGGGUCCCCGGACACAGAGCCGGGCGGGGAAGCCACGGUCUCCAGCGCCGUCGAAGGCGGCUGCGCGCGCGUCCCCGGCAGCUCGCGGCUUCCUGGGCGCUCCAGGUCGACCUCGGACGCGAGUGACAGCGGAGUGCGACCGGGCGCUGAGCCGCAGGACGCCGAGCGCGACCCAGCCGGGGCCUCCGGGGGCCGCCAGGUGGGGAAGGUGAUGGGGACGGUGCAGGUGGCUGCGCGCGAGGGCGAGGCGGGGUGCACGGAGGGGGACGAUGCGCAGGAAGGAGGACCGAGGGAACCCGCGCCGCUGGCCGCCCUCGUGAUGCUCCGCAGGCUGCGCGCGAGGCCCUCGGCGGAGGGCGCCGGCCGCGCGGGCCUCAAAGCGCGGUUGCAGUGCGUGGCGCGGGCCGUGGGCCUCGUGCGCUGGCUGCGACUGCGCGUGCGCGGACGCCUGCGCGCUACGCCGGCUCCUCAGGGCGAGCGGCAGGGGGCGGAGCCUCGGGCGGAAGAGGGGCGGGGCGGGGCGCCCGGGCUGCGGCGCCGUCUAGCCCUGCGCCUGGCUGGCUUAGCGGGACUCGCGGGGUCGCCGCGGGCUCCUCCUGGCGGCGGAACGAGCCCUCAGCACGCACGGAAUAACCCGGAUGACCCUUCCGAAGACGAGGACCUGAGUCCAGAUCCCAAGUUCGCGGUGGUCUUCCCCAGAAUCCACCGGGCCGCGAGGGCGUCGAGCUGCAGCAGGAGCUCAGACGUGUCCACGGACGUCCCCGCAGGGGCCGCGGAGGACAGGGAGAGGGGACGGGCCAUUGGCGAAGGGCCAGUCGGCCCCCACCAGGCUUCCACCUUGACCCCGGCCCCCCACCACGAGACCCACGGGCACGAGAACCGCCCCAGCGGCGAAGCGGAGCCGGAGACCCUGGAAGCCGAGAGCCCGGUGCACUGGGCUCAGGGCUCAGGCCUCCGCGAGGACCCCGGGCACGACGCCGAUGCUCUGCUGCCCCGACUCACCUUGGAGACGCGCCUGAGGCCCAAGAGCCCCAGCGGAUCCCCGAGGGAGCGAUGGGAGCCCGAGGAUGACGCUGAGGCGGCGCUGGAAAGACAACUGGAGCUGGGACUCCAGCCUGGCCUGGAGACGACGUCCUUCCCUGGUACGGAGGGCAGGAGCCUCCGAGAGGACCUGGAAGACGUCGAGGAUCUUGCACGACUGCGGCUGGUGUGUGACAGCUCCGUGCUGUUGUGCCUCAAGAAGAGGUUUCACCUAGGCCACUUCUACACUUUUGGGGGACCCCUCCUGCUUGCUGUGAACCCCCACCAGCCUCUGCCUCUCUUCUCAGCAGAGGUUAUGGCAAGCUACUGUCCCAGGAAGUCCUCCAACAACACCCCACACAUCUUUGCCAUUGGAGCAGCAGCCUAUGGCUUGUCUCAGAGUGGUGGGCAGGACCCUUGUAUCCUCUUGGGGGGGCGGAGCGGCUCUGGAAAGACUGAGGCUGCCAAGAAGAUCGUGCAGUUUCUAAGCAACCUGGAGCAGGAGCAGGCAAGGACCAGUGGAUGCCAGCUGGAGGACAUGUUGCCCGUGCUCAGUAGCUUUGGCCACGCCAAGACCAUCCUCAAUGCCAAUGCCAGCCGCUUUGGCCAAGUGUUAUGCCUCUGCCUACAGCAGGGGGUCGUUGUGGGAGCCUCUGUGUCCCAUUAUCUGCUUGAGACGUCCAGAGUGGUGUUUCAGGCACAGGCUGAACGGAGCUUCCAUGUUUUUUAUGAGCUGCUGGCAGGCCUGGACCCCACGGAGCGUGAGCAACUCUCCCUGCAAGGGCCUGAGACCUACUACUACCUCAACCAGGGUGGAGCUUGCAGGCUGCAGAGCAAGGAAGAUGCCCAGGACUUUGCAAGGCUGCUGAAGGCCCUGCAGGUGCUGGGUUUGUGCCCAGAGGAGCUGACUGAAAUCUGGGCUGUACUGGCCACCAUUCUGCAGUUGGGCAACAUCUGCUUCUCUUCUUCAGAGCGGGAGUUCCAGGAGGUGGCUGCCGUGUCCAGCUGGGCUGAGAUCCACAUGGCAGCCCGGCUGCUGCGCAUGCCGCCCGAACGCCUGGAAGGGGCUGUCACCCGGAGAGUCAUGGACACUCCCUAUGGCCCGGUCUCUAGACCUUUGUCCUUGGAAAGCGCCCUUGAUGCCAGGGAUGCCCUGGCCAAGGCCCUGUACUCACGGCUCUUCGACUGGCUACUGAGGAGGAUCAACGCGAGGCUCACUCCCUCUAGAGAGGGGGGCAGCGUGGGCACCAUCACUGUCGUGGAUGUCUACGGCUUUGAGGCACUACGGGUGAAUGGCCUGGAGCAGCUUUGCAGCAAUCUGGCCAGUGAGCGCCUGCAGCUCUUCUCCAGCCAGAAGUUGGUGGCCCAGGAGGAGGAGGAGUGUCAGCGGGAGCUGCUGCCCUGGGCUCAUGUCGCCCAACCUCGGAGGGAGUCCUGCCUGGACCUCCUAGUGGGCCAUCCUCACAGCCUGUUGAGUAUCCUGGAUGCCCAGACAUGGCUGCCCCAGGCCACGGACCACACCUUCCUCCAGAAGUGCCACUAUCACCAUGGUGAUCACCCGAGCUACGCCAAGCCCCAGCUGCCCUUGCCUAUCUUCACAGUGCGACAUUACGCAGGCACCGUCACUUACCAGGUCCACAAGUUCUUGCACAGAAACAAGGACCAUCUAGAUGCCACGGUGGUCAACAUGCUCAGGCAGAGCCAGCUUCAGUUGGUGGGCACACUGUUCCAGGAGACUGAACACCAGGCUGGAGGAGGGCAAGGCAGGCCCACAUUGGCCUCUCGCUUCCAGCAGUCUCUAGGGGCCCUCCUAGCUCGGCUAGGCAGGAGCCAUGUCUAUUUCGUCCACUGCCUCAAUCCCAACCCUGGAAAGCACCCAGGCCUCUUUGAUGUGGAAUAUGUUGCAGAGCAGCUUCACCAGGCCGACAUACUGGAGACCAUAGGCAUCCGAAGUGCCCACUUCCCUGUUCGAAUACCCUUCCAGGCCUUCCUGGCCAAGUUCCGGGCACUGGGACCAGGGGGACAGGAAGAUGCCUCUGACCAGGAGAGAUGUGGUGCUAUCCUCGGCCAGGUGCUGGGGGCUGAGUCACCACUCUAUCACCUUGGAGCCACCCAGGCCCUGUUGCGGGAACAGGGCUGGCGGCAACUGGAGCAGCUCUGGGCUCAGCGUCGCUCCCAAGCCCUGCUCACCCUGCACCGUGGCCUCCGCGCCUGCAUCUCUCGCCAGCGCCUCCGCCUUCUGCCCCGGAUGCAGGCUCGUGUUAGAGGGCUCCAGGCCAGGAAGCGAUACCUCCGGCGGAAGGCAGCUCUGGGACAGCUGAACACCGUUCUCCUGGCGGCUCGGCCCCUGCUUCUAAGAAGGCGCAGGCUAAAGCUUGGACGUUCGUGUGGCUUACAUAGUGGUGAGGCCUGCGAGAAAGUGGCAAAUAUGGACCUGGGGCGCUUGGAGAUCCCAGCUGAGCUGGCCGCCAUGCUGAGGAUGGCAGAAGGCCACCAGGACAUCCUGGCCGGAAGUAUCACCGAGUCCCUGCCGCCUGAGGUUCCUGUCCGGCCCAGCCUGACCCUCCCACCGGACAUUGACCAGUUUCCCUUCUCCAGCUUCGUCUCCACCAGCUUUCAGGAGCCAUCUCUGCCCAGCCCAGGCCAGCCACUAGCCAAGCCCCUGACACGGCUGGAUGGUGAGAACCCUCAGCAUGCCCUGGAGAUCAACAAAGUGAUGCUGCGGCUUCUGGGGGACGGAUCCCUGAAGUCCUGGCAGGAGCAGACGAUGGGUACAUACCUGGUGCGGCAGGCACAGCGCUGGCCGGGACUGCGCAACGAGCUCUUCAGCCAGCUGGUGGCCCAGCUCUGGCACAACCCGGAUGAGCAGCAGAGCCAGCGUGGUUGGGCCCUCAUGGCUGUCCUGCUCAGUGCCUUUCCCCCUACGCCCUCUCUGCAGAAGCCAUUGCUCAAAUUCGUGUCUGACCAGGCCCCCCAGGGCAUGGCAGCAUUGUGCCAGCAUAAGCUGCUGGGUGCCCUGGAGCAGACACCACUGGCCCCUGGAGCCACACGGACACACCCACCCACCCAGCUUGAAUGGAAGGCAGGAUGGCGGCGGGGCCGCAUGGCGCUGGACGUCUUCACCUUCAAUGAGGAGAGCUACUCCGCAGAGGUGGAAUCCUGGACUACAGGAGAGCAAUUUGCAGGGCGUAUUCUACAGAGCAGAGGCAUGGAGGUGCCCCCUCGUGGAUGGUCUGUGUCACUGCAUUCUGGGGACGCUUGGCAGGAUUUGGCUGGCUGUGACUUUGUGCUGGAUUUAAUAGGACAGACUGAGGACUUGGGGGACCCAGCUCUUCCCCACAGCUAUCCCAUCACUCCUCCUGACUUAGCCCAGGAUAUCCCCCCCGCUCCUGGUGUCCAGGCCCCUUCACUACCCCCAGGACUCCCUCCAGGACCAGCCCCAACACUGCCCAGCAGAGGCCGUCCAGGGGCAGCCAAGGCAGAAGGAAGCCUAGACGGCUUCCUGGACCACCUUUUUGAGCCCGUUCUUGCCCCAGGCCUCCGCGAUUUGGAACAAGGCCAUGCCCUAAGCAAUCGCAUGAAGGGAGGGGGCUCCAUCGGGCCCACCCAACAAGGCUACCCCAUGGUCUAUCCAGGAAUGGUGCAGAUGCCUGGAUACCAGCCAGCCAUGAUACCAGCGCCCAUGAUGCCAGCAAUGGGAACAGUCCCUGCCAUGCCAGCUGUGAUGGUGCCACCACAGCCACAGCCCCUGCUUCCCAGCCUGGACUCCAGGCAGCUGUCAGUCCAGCAGCAGAACUUCAUCAACCAGCAGGCGCUGAUCCUGGCCCAGCAGAUGACCACCCAGGCCAUGAGCCUGUCCUUGGAGCAGCAGGCCCGGCAGCGGCAGCACCGAGCCCCUGCUUCUGAGGCUGUCCCUCAGGCUUCUGGGGCUGCCUCACAGGCCCCGCCCUCAGCCAUUGUCCCCAAGCCCAAGACGUCCCCUGCCCCCAGAGAGAAGCCAGAAUGUAACUUGGAAUCUUCAGAUACCUGCUUUAAUGAGGAACCCUCAGAGGAAGUUGAAGAGAGACUCCAGAGACCCAAGAGCUUCCAGCAGAAACGAGACUAUUUCCAGAAGAUGGGACAGCAGAUGAGCAAGGUGGAGUCGGUGAAGCCUCGGGCCAAGGUUCCCAUCCCUCAGGGGGAUGAGACAGAGGAGGAGGAAGAGGAGGAAGGAGAAAGAAGAGCAGUGCUGUCCCCUCCUCGGCCCCCCGUUGUGAAGAAGCCACUGAAACAAGAAGCUGAGGCUGAGCCAGCAGAGAAGGCUGCUCCAGGCCCGAGCAGGCAGGCCCGGGAGCCAGGCCCGAGCAGGCAGGACCAGGAGCCGGGCCCGAGCAGGCAGGACCGGGAGCCGGGCCCGAGCAGGCAGGACCGGGAGCCCAGCAGGCCUGCAGUGCGCAGCACGGAACCUGCCCCUCAGAGGCGAGAACCCAGCCGGGAAAUUCGCAACAUCAUCCGCAUGUACCAGAGCCGCCCGAGCCCUGUGCCCGUGCCCGUACAACCCAGCAGGCCUGUCAAAACUUUCCUGAAGAAAAAUGACCCUAAGGACGAGGCUUUGGCUAAGCUAGGGAUAAAUGGUGCCCACUCACCUCCAUUGCCACGGUCCCUCAACCAAGGGAAGGGCUCCCCACCAGCUGUGGCUCCUCGACCCAAGGCCCGUCCACGACUUGAGCCCUCCUCCUCCAUCAAAGAAAAGCAGGGGCCCCUUCAGAAUCUGUUUUGCCCACCUGUGACCCAGGCACCCCCACCUCCACCAGCACCCCCACUGCCUCUGUCUGAGGAACCUCAAAUGCCUUCAGCAGAGCCUUAUGCCUUGACAGAGCCCAUGGAAGACUGGGGUGUCUCCACACAGCUCCUUGUGCCAUCAGGCAGCGUGUGCUUCUCCUAUGCCAGCGCACCCUGGAAGUUGUUCCUACGCAAGGAGGUGUUCUACCCCCGUGAGAACUUCAGCCAUCCCUGUUGCCUUGGCCUCCUCUGCCAGCAGAUCCUGCGGGACACCUUUGCAGAGUCUUGCAUCCGGAUCUCCCAGGAUGAGCGGCACAAAAUGAAAGACCUGCUGGGAGACUUGGAGGUGGGCCUAGACUCCCUUGCCACUGCUGAAGACAGCGUCAAGAAGCGCAUUGUGGUGGCUGCUCGGGACAACUGGGCCAAUUACUUCUCCCGCAUCUUCCCGGUCUCGGGUGAGAGUGGCAGUGAUGUGCAGCUGUUGGGUGUGUCUCACAGAGGACUGAGACUGCUGAAGGUGACCCAAGGCUCCAGCUUACACCUGAACCAGCUGAAGACACUCUGCUCCUACAGCUUUGCGGAGGUGCUGGGUGUGGAGUGCCAUGGCGAUUCCACCCUGGAGCUGUCUCUGAAGAACGAGCAGCUCGUGCUGCACACUGCCCGGGCGAUGGCCAUCAAAGCCAUGGUGGAACAGUUCCUGGAUGAGCUCAGGAAGGACUCCGGCUAUGUCAUUGCCCUGCGCAGUUACAUCACUGAUGACCACAGCCUCCUCAGCUUCCACCGUGGGGACCUCAUCAAGCUGUUGCCAGUGGCCACUCUGGAGCCAGGCUGGCAGUUUGGCUCUGCUGGAGGCCGGUCUGGACUUUUUCCUGCUGAUAUGGUGCAGCCCGCUGCUGCUCCUGACCUCUCCUUCUCGUCGGGCCAGAGGACCAGCUGGCAGCACAAGAGUAAGCUGCAGCAGCCUGGGGCACCGGGACUAGCUCCAGACCGGGCCCUGGAGCGCCCCACCCGCCCCCGGAGCCAGGCAUAUAGUGAUGAUUCGGAGGCCACCAGUUUGCCCUCCGUCACGGCCUACACCUCUGUGUCCAGUGACUCCCACAGCUACACCAUGCAAGAGUUUGCUCUGCGCUACUUCCGGAAGCCUCUUACUCUCCCGGACCACACAGGUAGAGGUGCUAAGGAGGCUUCAGUCAACCUGGUGCAGUACACAAAGGCUCCUAUCCAGGAAUCUCUCAUCAGCCUGAAAGAGGAUGCAAGCAGGCAGGCUGUGGCGGGCUUCCGGGUUCUGAUGCAGUUUAUGGGGGACCAGUCUAAGUCCUGGAGGAAGGAUGAGUUGGACCUGCUGUAUGAGCUGCUGAAGCUGUGCCAGGAGGAGGAGCUCAGGGACGAGAUGUACUGCCAGGUCAUCAAGCAGGUCACAGGACACCCCCGGCCGGAGCGCUGUGCUCGGGGCUGGAGCCUCCUCAGCCUCUUCACAGGCUUCUUCCCCCCGUCCACCACACUGAUGCCCUACGUGACCAAGUUCCUGCAAGACUCAAGCCCCAGCCAAGAGCUGGCCCGGAGCAGCCAGGAGCACCUUCAGCGCACAGUCAAAUAUGGGGGGCGGCAGCAACUGCCAUCACCGGCUGAAAUGCAAGCUUUACUGAAAGGACAAGCAGUCCGCCUGCUUCUAAUUCACAUGCCUGGGGCCAUGGAGUACAGGACAAAUAUUCAGACAUUCACGGUGGUAGGAGAAGUGCUGGAGGAGCUGUGUGGGCAGAUGGGCAUCACAGACCCUCAGGAAGUACAGGAAUUUGCUCUCUUCCUCAUCAAAGGUGAAGGUGACCUGGUUCGACCCCUGUGGCCCCACGAGUACCUCAACAGCAUAAUGGUGGACCAGGACUUAAGUCUGCACACGCGGCGGCUUGGCUGGGAGAGCCCGCUGCACUUCGAACACCCCACCUACGUGAGCAUCCACUAUAGCCAGGUGCUGCGGGACUACCUGCAGGGGAAGCUGAUGGCCAGCGCGCAGGCAGAUGCUCAACUUGCCCAGUUGGCUGCCCUCCAGCACCUCAGCAAGGCCAGUCCGAGCCCUCCCUCAGAGCAAGACCUGCUGGCCUACAUUCCCAAGCCACUGCAGUGGCAGGUGGACAUGGCGACCAUAAAGACUUUGGUGGGCCAGGAGCUGAGGCAGCUGCAAGAAUACAGCCCCCAGAAAGCACAGAUAAGCUUCAUCGAGGCCACGCGCCAGCUUCCCCUCUUCGGCUAUACCGUGUAUGUGGUGCUGCGGGCAAGCAAGCUGGUCCUUCCUGGGCCUGUCUUCCUGGGGCUCAACCGCUGGCACCUCGUCCUCAUGGACCCCAGCUCCCAGAAACUGUGCUGCUCCAUCACCCUGAAGGAUCUGCAGCGCCUCCACCUACUCAGUCCACUGGAGGAUGGUGGCCCGCCUGGCCUGGAACUCAACUAUGGCUCUGCAGACAGCCCUCAGACCAUGUGGUUGGAACUGCCACAGGCCCAGGAAUUGCAACACACCAUUGUCUUCCUACUGGACGGCAGUAUGACCUCCACUCAGUGGCCAGGCAACUGAAGGAGGCAGAGUUGAGGAAGAGGUCUCUUCCUGGCUCAGAUCUCACCAAUGGACUGCUAUGGAUGCUGGCCAAUGGUUUUGGUUUGGUUCUCAACUGCCUAGCUCUUCUCUGAACCUUGUGGUGGCAGAGCCCAACUGGAAGCCAUGAGAUAGGGCUACCAGUUUCCUCAAGCAUGCAAAUAAGUAGACACACUCCUUGUGAGGUGUACUAAACCCAGAGUGAGGUGCUGUUGGAACUUAGCUAGGGCAUCUGAUGUUGCCCAAGUGGGGGAGAUGCCUACUCACUUCCGGGCCCUUACCCAGACGCUGGAGCAGCAGCUGCUGAGGAAAUAAAUGGACUGUGUGUGUG